UCUAACUUCCUUGCAAUCUACUAGGUAUCCUUCUCAACAGAACACAAACCUUAUUAAUCAAUCAAUAUGCAGACCUCACUUCUUCACCAGCUAAUUGUUGGAAACAAGUUUCAAAAAUCGGAUAACAGAUACUUGCUCGAUUCAGCCUCUCAUCAAUAUCAAUAUCCAUCCAAAGAUCAAAGCAAAUGUAGUAUAAGUUCUAACCAGAAAAAGCGCAGCAGGAAGGCCGAUAGUAAUUCUGAAAUUACAGCGAGACUUGGGACAAACAUAUCUGAAACUAUAAAGAGAAAGUUAAGCUUAGGGGCUCGAAUUCUUCAAGUGGGUGGAGUGGAGAAAGUGUUCAUGAAGUAUUUUAGUGUGAUCGAGGGGGAGACGUUACUGAAAGUUUGCCAUUGUUAUCUGUCGACCACAUCUGGUCCUCUAGCUGGUCUCCUCUUUAUCUCCACUGAAAAGGUUGCCUUUUGUAGUGAGAGAUCAAUAAAAGUCUUUAACCAGAAAGGUCAAAUGUGUAGGAUCCACUAUAAGGUUUCUAUUCCAGUGAAGAAGAUAAAGAGUGUGAGGCAAAGUGAAAAUGUUGAGAAGCCAAGACAGAAGUACAUAAAUAUAGUUACAGUUGACAACUUUGAUUUCUGGCUUAUGGGUGUAUCAAAAUAUCACAAGACUUAUAAAUAUCUCGAACAAGCAACUUCUCAAACUUAGCUGAAUAUAAGAUAUAACUUACAAGAGAUGAAAUACCGCAAGUAAUUAUAUGACAGCUAGCUGUAAUUGAAGAUAUGAUUUGAGGACAAAACAUCCCGCGGAUGUAUUGGCUUUUCACUCAAGAUUGAGCAUUGAUAUAUAACAGAUGCACAUGGUUCAUUCAUAUCAGCGCAAAUGCAAACUUGGCUGUCAACACAUUGUUGAUAAAGUUGUUGAUACAAGAGACCAUUAGGUGCAUGCUUUGUAACAAACACCAAACAAUGAGUGUUAGAGAUAGGGAUCAAUAUUAGGAAAAGGUAACCAUUGAUCCAUAGAGAGAGGCCUAUUUUGAGUUCAAUGAAAGGAGAUUAUUAAUUGUUAUUGUAUAAAACAAGAUGGAAGGAAAUGUAAAUAGAAAGAAUGAAGCGGGAAGCAUUCUCACAAUGGUGAUGAUGCAGAGGAGUCCUAUCAAGGCUCCAUGGUCUAAGCAUUGUUGCUGGAAAAUAUGUUUGAUUAAAUAAAUAAGAGUCAAAUUAGUUUUUGUCA